UUGAAAGUGGCAUUCAAUUGUUACCGGAAGUCUAUUCAAUCAAAAGGGUUAUUUCCGCUUCCGCUGGGGGAAGGAAAGAGCGAAAAAUAGCAGGAGGAGGAGAAGGAGGGUCAGAGACGGUAAAGAUGGGGGCGCAUUUAGCUCGCCGGUAUCUCUGGGACGCAGAAGUGGAGCCGGAGCCGUCGAACAUGCCCGCCUUCGAUCCCCUGUAUGGCUUCCCUGAGCGCAAGGAACGCGCUGUUAAAGACACAAGAACCCUGUUUUUCCCUAAUGCCAACCUUAAACCCAAAGCCUAGGCUGCCAUCCUGUACCCACUUACCUGGAAUGAUGAUAGCAACACAGCAGCAGAUGAAUGAUGCCCAGCUUCCUAUGAAAGACCGGGAUUAUUGUGCCCACUAUCUCAUUAAGUUUUUGAAGUGCAAACGUGACAAAUUUCCAAAUAUCUUUGCAUGCAAACAUGAGCGUCAUGACUGGGAUUACUGUGAACACCUGGACUAUGUCAUGCGCAUGAAGGAAUUUGAACGGGAGAGGCGCUUGCUGACUCGGAAGAAGCGCAUUGAACAAAAGGAAAAAGCAGCAGCUGCAGCAGCAUCUUAACUAGCUUCAGUGUGCCUCUCUUCCACAAGAGGCUUGUGGAAUCUGCCGGGUCUGUUAUGUGGAAAAUAAUAAAGACAUUAUCCUGUGGUUUGCCUGAAAUUAUAUGAAAUAAACUGCACUUGAACAUUUA